CAGACCGAGCCUGAAUUUACCCUAGGUUUUGGGGUUCCCUUCUUUUAUAUAAAAGCUACAAAGCCACUCUCUUUGGUAUCUGUUGACUCUUGUUCAGAUAGUUUUUCUCUGUUUCGAGUGUUUAAAAUUUUGCAGACGAUGUCAAACUUAAUACUUUUUGAGGAUAUUUUUGUUGUUGAUAAGCUUGACCCAGAUGGUAAAAAGUUUGAUAAAGUUACCCGCAUUGAAGCACGGAGCCAGAACUGUGAUAUGUUCAUGCACCUCGAUGUAAAUACAGAGAUAUAUCCUAUGCAUGUUGGUGAUAAAUUCACAAUGGCGUUAUCUCACACGUUGAAUUUGGAUGGGACGCCUGAUACUGGCUAUUUCAAUCCGGGGAGGAAGUCUCUUGCAGAUAAGUAUGAGUAUGUCAUGCAUGGGAAGUUAUACAAGAUAUCCGAUGAUUCUUCAGGGAAAGGACUUAAAGCGGAGAUCUAUGUAUCAUAUGGUGGGCUUUUAAUGCUAUUGAGAGGAGAAGCUUCUCAUGUUUCCCACUUUGAACUUGACCAGAGGCUAUUUCUUCUCAUAAGGAAGCUCUGAAACUUUCUUUAUAUCGAGUGUUUCUCCGUUUAAGUCAGCUAAAAUUAUGUGAGCUUCUAGGCAGGUCUAUAGUAGUAGCGGUAUAAAAGGGGGACUUUUUGACAUCGAAUUUCCGAGCAGACUAUGCUUGAGUUGGAUAUAACUGUUGAUUUGUAUGUUAUGUGAGAACAAACCUAUGCAAUGCAUGUUGUUUGGUCUUGAUUA